AUUUGCAAUUUGAGCUGGAGACGCUUCCACUACUACAUUAUUCAAUUGAUUAAGAGUUUUGGAAUUCAGAACUUAAAAGGAGAUCCUAGAAAUGGCUAAGGAGGCAUCAAAUGGUAGUCGUGUGUCGACCAAGCCACCUCCCGAGCCUUCACCAUUGCGAAGAGCGAAAUUCUUUCAGGCAAACAUGAGAGUUCUGGUUACGGGCGGGGCUGGAUUCAUUGGCUCUCACUUAGUUGAUAAACUCAUGCAAAAUGAAAAGAACGAGGUGAUUGUUGUGGAUAACUACUUCACUGGUUCAAAGGAUAACUUGAGGCAAUGGAUUGGCCAUCCAAGAUUUGAGCUUAUUCGACACGAUGUGACAGAGCCUUUGUUCGUUGAAGUUGACCGGAUCUACCAUCUCGCUUGUCCUGCUUCGCCAAUCUUUUACAAAUACAAUCCGGUGAAGACAAUAAAGACGAAUGUAGUAGGCACACUGAACAUGUUGGGACUUGCCAAGCGAGUCGGAGCAAGGAUUUUACUUACAUCAACCUCGGAGGUCUAUGGUGAUCCGCUCGUGCAUCCUCAGACAGAGGAUUACUGGGGCAACGUGAAUCCUAUAGGAGUGAGGAGUUGUUAUGAUGAGGGGAAAAGAGUAGCAGAGACGUUGAUGUACGAUUAUCACAGGCUGCACGGAGUUGAAAUAAGAAUUGCAAGGAUCUUCAACACUUAUGGACCGCGGAUGAAUCUUGAUGACGGUCGUGUUGUCAGCAACUUCUUAGCGCAAGCCAUACGUGACGAGCCUUUGACUGUUCAGCUUCCCGGAACACAAACAAGGAGUUUUUGCUAUGUUUCUGAGAUGGUUGAUGGACUUACGCGAUUAAUGGAAGGAGAUCAUAUAGGGCCAAUCAACAUUGGCAAUCCAGGUGAAUUCACAAUGCUCGAGCUUGCAGAGACUGUGAAGGAGAUGAUCAACCCGAAAGUGAAGAUCACGACUGUCGAGAACACCCCGGAUGAUCCUCGCCAAAGAAAACCGGACAUAACGAAGGCGAAGGAGCUGCUAGGGUGGGAGCCCAAGAUCAAGCUCAACGGUGGCAUCCCCCUUAUGGAGGAGGAUUUUCGAAAGAGGCUUGGUAUUUCGAGGAAAUGAAC